AUCGAUUUGCCCCAUCCAGCUAUAGCUAGCUACAUAGCUCGCGUGUCCAGCUAGCCAGUUGCAAGAUCGAUCGAGCCGAGGCAUAUAUGGCAGCCAGCAACGGCGCCGUGGCGGCGGCGGCGGCGGUACUUGUGGUAGUAGCGGUGAUGGCGGUGGCGGCGGGAGGAGAGGACGGCGACGACGGUGGCCAUGGAGAGGCGCCGUGCGGCGCGCGUCGGCCGGUGGUGUUCGCGUUCGGCGACUCGAACACGGACACGGGCGGCGUGGCGGCCGGGAUGGGGCUCUACUUCCCGCUCCCGUCGGGGCGGGCCUUCUUCCGGCGCGCCGCCGGCCGCCUCUGCGACGGCCGCCUCGUCAUCGACCACCUCUGCGAGAGCCUGAACAUGAGCUACCUGAGCCCUUACCUGGAAGCGCUGGGCACCGACUUCACCAACGGCGCCAACUUCGCCAUCUCCGGCGCCGGCACGGCUCCGCGGAACACGGCCUUCUCGCUGCACAUCCAGGUGCAGCAGUUCCUCCACUUCAAGCAGCGGUCGCUCGAGCUCGCCAGCCGCGGCGAGGCCGUCCCGGUCGACGCCGUAGGCUUCCGGAACGCGCUCUACCUCAUCGACAUCGGCCAAAACGACCUGUCCGCCGCCUUCUCCGGUGGCCUCCCCUACGGCGACGUGAUCCGUCAGAGGCUCCCGGCCAUCCUCUCCGAGAUCAAGGACGCCAUCCAGAGUUUGUACUAUAAUGGAGCCAAGAACUUCUGGAUCCAUGGAACUGGCCCGCUCGGCUGCCUGCCCCAGAAGCUCGCCGUGCCGAGGGCCGACGACGGCGACCUCGACUCCAGCGGCUGCCUGAAAACGCUCAACGCCGGCUCCGUGGAGUUCAACGGCCAGCUCUCCUCCAUCUGCGACCAGCUGAGCUCGCAGCUCAGGGGCGCCACCGUCGUCUUCACCGACGUCCUCGCCAUCAAGUACGAGCUCAUCGCCAACCACUCCAGCUACGGGUUCGAGGAGCCGCUGAUGGCGUGCUGCGGCCAUGGCGGGCCGCCGUACAACUACGAUUUCGGGGUGAGCUGCCUCGGGGCGGGGUACCGGGUGUGCGAGGACGGCAGCAAGUACGUGAGCUGGGACGGCGUGCACUACACCGAAGCCGCCAACGCCGUCGUCGCCGGCAAGAUCCUCUCCGGCGAGUACUCCACGCCCAGGCUGCCCUUCAGCUACUUCUGUAAUUAAUGCAUGAGCUGCCUUGCAUUCAUAGAUCCAUGUGGCUGCUCGAUCUCCAUUGUGAGGAAGGAAGGAAAACACUUCUGUCGAGAGAUAAUAAUAUGUGUCUGGGUCUGGGGUUCCCGUUCUUCGAUUGGAUGGACCAGACUAGAGCCAUGUGGUAAAAGGGCGUUGAUCAACUCACGUACGCCAGAUGACGAUACGGGAACAAGUAAUAUUCUUAGGAUCCAACAAUAUCAAAAAAACAUACUAGAGGGGAUCAAUGGUAGAAAACCAAAACCCAAAACUUUUUUGCGGAGUAAAAGGUUACCUCUAUUGACAAACUUGAUGGAACCUUACUACCUUCGAUCAGACUGUUGGGACCUAAAAAAACAGAAGUAAAUGAA